AUGGCGCUGCUUCCCAAACGGUGGUACCGCUCUCGGCGCAACGCGGUCAUCGCGCUGGUCAUCGCCGGCUUGUGCGCGCUGUACUACAUAUACUCACCCACUGUCAUCACCGAACAGGACCUGGACAUUACUAGGAGAGCCGCUAUAAUAGAGUACAUAGAAAACAAGUUGCAGGAGGCUUUGAAACUGGACAAGGGCGCAGGCUGCGAGAUACCGAAGCUGGACCCGUUUUCUAAGGAGGUCACACAGUUCGACAAAGAGUUACCAAAGAUCAAGUGCAGAGGGCAGGACUGGGUCAAAUGCUAUCACUCGAAAUGCCGAGUGAUAGACGCUGUAAAAGAUCAACAUACAGACAUAACGUGUACAUACAAGGACAUCUUGUACCAUUCCGAUGUCAAAUAUACCAUCGGCCCCCCUACUCUAGUGGGGGGGGACGGGGUGUAUGAGUUGAAGGAGAGCGACCACGUUAAAGUCUCGUGUGUUGGAAGGAGGAAAGACAAUGACCAGAAAGCUGAUUGGUCCGGGAACACGUUAGGGUUCCGCCCCGCCCCGCCGCUCCCCUCCCCCCCGGGCCGGGAAGACUCCUUCAAUGUGGUCAUAUUUGGCUUCGACACGACCGCCAAGAAUGGCUUCAUCAGAAGAAUGCCGAAGAGCUGGCAACUGUUGAAGGAUCUAGGAUAUACUGUUAUGGAGGGAUACAACAUCUUGGGAGACGGGACCCCGGCGGCCCUGUUCCCGAUCCUCACGGGAAAGAACGAGCUAGAACUACCCGAUGUUAGAAAGAGCAAGCACAACAACGGCAGCCUCGACUCCUUCCCUUUCAUAUUCUACAAGUUGAAGCAGGACGGGUACCGCACAGCAUACUUCGAGGACAUGCCAAACAUCGGCACCUUCCAGUACCGGUUCAACGGGUUCCGCCGCCAGCCGGCCGACCACUACCUGCGCCCCUUCUACCUCGAGGACCUGAAGACCAGACCCUCGACCUCGAGGUGGUGGAAGGCGCAGAAAUCAUACUACUGUCUCGGCGACACGCCGCAGUUUAAAGUUAUGAUGAAUAUCACUGAGCAGUUCCUGGAGUUGGGCGGCAAGCGUUUCAUCUUCACGUUCAUCGCGGACAUCACGCACGACGACUUCAACCUGAUCGAGAACGCCGACGACGACACCGCUGCGUUGUUGCGCAGCCUCGUGUCCAGGGCCGAAGAUACGCUCACAGUCGUCAUGGGAGACCACGGGCCUAGAUACGCGAACGUCCGCGACACCCUUCAAGGCAAGUUGGAGGAGCGCCUCCCCCUCCUCGCGCUCCGCCUCCCCGAGCGCCUCGCCCGCGCGCGGCCGCACGCGCAGCGCGCGCUGCAGCACAACGCGCGCGCGCUCACCACCGCGCACGACCUGCACGCCACUAUACUCGACGUGCUGGACAUGACGCAGCACUGGAACCCGUAUAAAGUACGGGGGGCGGACUAUACUAGAGCACUCACUAUGUUGGAACCGAUCCCCCGCAACCGCUCGUGCAGCGAGGCAGGCAUCGAGCCCCACUGGUGCGCUUGCCUCGCGUGGCAAAACGUGUCCACCGACGACCCGUUCUACCAGAAGACUGCACAAGCGCUCCUCGACUACAUCAACUCGCUAGUCGCCACUGUCGGGAACCUGUGUGUGCCCCGGAGCCUGACCUCGACGUCUUGGGUGCUCCGCCAGCGCGCCAACAGCAGACUCCUCGCGUUCAAGAACGCGCGCGAUGUCGACGGCUAUGUUGGCCACUUUGACGCCAAAACCAAAGUGGCCAAUGAGAACUAUCAAGUUAAGAUAGCAGUGGGCCCGGGCCACGGCAUCUACGAGGCCUCGAUGACGUAUCUAGUCAAGGAAGACACGUUCACAAUACACACGAGGGACAUAUCUAGAACUAACGCUUACAGGAGCGAGCCAGACUGCAUCAGCAAAACGCAUCCGCACCUGAACCCGUACUGCUACUGUCGCUGACAUCCACCUAUAGGGCGGGAGAUACUUUAAUAACAUUACGUAACCUUUGGUAACUAGUUACGAAUUGGAAAUAAACCUGGUUCGUAACUAUCG